AUGUUGCGCGCUUUGCUAAGUGGAGGCGAGACCUCGCAGAUGUUGAACAAGGAUCGGAGGCGUAAUGACGCUCAUGCUCAGGCCCGUCAAGAAGAAGCGAGAUUAUUGGGAGCGAGAGAUUACAAAGAUAAAAAUGCCGUGCCAAUAACGCCUGGUGCGAGUCUUCAGAAGAACAGAAAAACUCCUGGGUCGACGGCUGCGUUUAGACCAACGGAUAGGAUUUCCCAUCGUGCGCGAGACAGUGGGCCUAUUCGUGCCUCUGGAAAGCCGAAAUGGUCGAAAUCUUUGAAUGAAAAUCCUCCGCGAUUGGAUGAUGCUCCUGAUUUUGAAGAGUCGAACCGGCCGAGCAAGCGUCGACGACAAGACGAUCACGCUAAAGUACUUGAGUGGGCAGAUGGGACAAAUGUGCCCUUGCCUCGAGUGUUAUCACCUUCGAGCCAGGUUCCGGCAAAAUCAACAAGCAACGGCUUGGCCAGAAAGCACGAAGAGUUCCGUGGCGUGGAAGACAGCAUUAGAAUCGAUCGGAGCCCACAACUUCUGAGACGAGGUCGGCAUACUCGUUUUGCUUCUGACGAUCCCCCAGAAGAGCCUGUUACCUCGGUUCAUUCGAACAGAGGAACGCAGGCCAACAGAAGACCGGACUUGCCUCAGCAAUGUGUUCUCGAUAUUCUCGAAAACCAUGAUUGUGCUGCAAAGGACCUGAAUGACCACAUUGCUCCAUUGAGCACCACCCAAGCCGUCUCUAAUACCAGGGAAAGUCCAGAUGAACUGCAAGGCGAAGCCACCACUCGAGCAAUACCGAGCGUCCUUGAUGACAAACAAAAUAAAUCCCGCCAUAAGCUCAAGACGAACAAGCUUAUGUCUCCAGUCCGAAAACGAUCGCCAUCUGAUAUACGAACUACCGAUUUCGCGAGCUCGCCCUCUCAGGGGCCUAAGAAGCUCAAGCAGACUCACAAAACCUCAGCUAGUCGUGUCAAACUCAACUUGAACUAUGUUCGAUAUGGCUCCAUCGUCAAGACUGUCGAAGUGCAUAGGCCGCGCUUUGUCAAGAUGAUGGCGGGAAAAUUUGAACUUGAAGACUUUGAACCGCCAGGAAAGAAUGUUGAAAUUCUAACGCGAAAUGUUCGAAUUGCCUAUCAAGGAAUUGAUCAAAGUCUGAAAGUCAGGCUCAAGCUCUCUCAAAAGUCCGAGUCUCCAGGUGACAGUAUCGUCGACAUUGAGUUUUCCACGCCGAUUGAUAAGCUACUGUUUGUGGAGCAGCUGGAGGGUUCUCAGAUCAAAAUCAUAGACAGGCCAGGGUCGUACAUGGACAAGGCUUUUGAAAACUACGCAAAGGAGAUGAGCGAGCAUUGCAAGCACCCCAAGCAACCUUUUCAGGGCUUCUCUGAUUCUCAAACGGCACCGGUGGCACCAGCCGCGUCAAAGAUCCGUCAGAAAAUCUCUUCUGCUUUACAAUAUACCAAAGACGAAACCGAGGAGUCAAAACAAGUCAAAACCAAAACAAGCACUCAUGAUGAUUCUGGCCAGAUGGAUGGCUCUGUUGACCUGGGAGAGAGGCCUAGCAACCUGAUGAAUGAUUCUGAUUCUGGAAUCCAGAUUCCUGUCAAGCCGUUCCGGCCACGGGAGUCUGAUGAUCAAGAGACUCGAUCUACUCGGCGAACGACACGCGCCCUUGGAAAUUCAAUCGGCCUGGACGUCUCUGAAACCACCAGUCUUCCUCCCCUUAUAUCCCUCAAAGAUGACGCUGCUCGAAAGAAAUGGAAGAAGCCAUUGGUAUAUCCUUGGAAUGGGAAGAAAAAGGCCGAGGUUUGCGUUGAAGACCGGGACCGAUUGCGUGAAGACGAGUUCCUGAACGAUAACCUCAUCGGGUUCUACAUGCGCUUUUUGCAGGAUCACCUCGAACGCACCAACCAGAAAGCUGCCGAAAAGGUAUACUUCUUCAACUCUUACUUCUUCGACACGCUCACCAAUACCCCGAAGGGUGAGCGCGGUAUCAAUUACAGCGGGGUGGAGAAGUGGACGCGCCACGUCGACCUCUUCAGCUACGACUAUAUCGUUGUUCCCAUCAACCAGGCUGCGCACUGGUACGUUGCCCUUAUUUGCAAUUUGCCUAGCUUGGAGGUUGGAACUGCGGAACCCGUGCAGCCAUCCUCGGCGUCUAUGAGCGAGAAAGAGACUUCGAAUCAGCCGGAAAGUGAUGUACAUGAGAUCCUUGAGUCGCCUGAACCCGAUCCUGAGCCCAAGCCUGUCCCAGUCCCCACUACUUCGGAAGAAAGGACGCGCAAUUCCGAAUCUCCGGGAUCAGAGGAUGCACGGCAAUCUUUUGCUUCCAUGACUAUCCGAGAGCAGGAGAAAGCGCAAAAGGAGGCAGAGAAAUCGGAAGCUCCAACCGAAACCGACGAAUGGCCUGAAGGGGAAGAAAACCAAACAUCGCCUCCUGUCACGCUUUCUCCCUUCAAGGAAAACACCGCCGAGCCUCAAUAUACACAUCACUCGACAAACGAUGCGGCCCGCAAAAGCAAGAAGGGAAAAGCUGGACCAAGGCUGAGCCCGAGCCAGACAACAAUUGUCACAUUCGACUCUCUUGACCUCGGUCGCUCACCGACGAUCAAGAUGUUGCGAGACUAUAUUUGCAAAGAAGCUAGUUCCAAACGUGGUGUCCAAAUUGAUCCGACAGCCAUCAAGGGCAUGCGCGCUCGCCAGAUCCCAUUGCAGCCCAAUUUCUCCGACUGCGGUCUCUACCUGUUGGCGUAUGUUGAGAAGUUUGUUCAAGACCCCGACUCAUUCAUCUCGAAGCUCCUGAAGCGUGAAAUGGACCAAGUCAAUGAUUGGCCUCCUUUGGGCUCAGGUCUUCUUCGACAUCGGCUGCGCAAGUUCCUCGAUGAUUUGUACGAUGAGCAGGCUCGUAUCAAGAACAUGUCGAGUGGUCAGACAAUCAUGGCAGAUCAGCAACCGGUUUCAUACUUGCUCGGACCUCCAGUACCGAGUCAAGCUGAUCCUGACGAGAAGGGCAAUGCGGAACCUCGGCUCACAGAUGCUACAAAGAACACGAGGCUGGAUCAAAGGCCUGCCCUUGAAAAUAUUGUUCGACAAAGUGAUAAACCAACCAAUAGAUCUGUUGCAGAUCAGUCCAACUUGGUGCCCGCCCUCUCUACUACCGCCUCUGACUUGUCAACGGGAAAGAAGGCGCCUGGGCUGCCUCCCGCAGAUACAGAUACCACUUCGCGACCCACCUUGCCAGAAGACGAAAAAGAAGUUGUUGAAGUGCCGGACAGCCAGGAGACCGGGAAAGCACCAGGACCAAAGCCGGAUCGUGCUGAGAAGAAGAAGGCUGCCAAGGUAGAGGAAGUCCCCACUGACAACAAGUCAGAGCGGAAGAAACCCACUAUACCUAAUGACACAGACGUUGUAAAUGUCGAGCAGCGCUCCCCGAAGAAAUAUUCCGACGGUUCCCAGGUGCAAGUGCAAAUCCAGGUACGGCGCACACCACCCCGAGUUCACCAGAGCAUGUGCGAAAGAGCCCACGGGGAAAGCCACGCAGAGAUUGAGAUCACUUUGUAUUUGAUAUCUACUUUUUGCUGCGUGAUACCCCUAUGGAGCAGGAAGCGGCGAUCCAAGCAUGUUGCUACGCCCUAA